AAGUUUAAAAGCUUGUGUUAACACAAGUCCUAAGAAUGGCCUGAAUUAAUUGUGCCCUGUUUUUGCUGUAUGGAUUUCUGCAUACUAAUGCUUUGUUACUCCAUGGAUCACAAACCAAUGCCACACCAUCCACCUCUAGUGGACAACUGGACUCUAAUGACCAUCAACGACUUCUUCAUCUGGAAACCGUUCUAGAUUUGGUGAUAAAAGAGUUAAACUCUGUGAAUCGAGAAAAUCAACUUCUUCAACUAAAACAGACAACCUUGGAGAGAGAAGUUCAGGUGAUAAAGCAAUGGAACCAAACUCUGGAGAUAAAGUUAGAAGCUGCUGAGACAAAGAUAACAUACUUAGAGGAUUCCCUGAAGGCAGUAAUUAGUGAAAACAAACUGUUAAAAGACAGAGUGGAGAUUUUAAAUUCUUCAUCCACUUCAACACAACUCCAGGACGGCUUUAAAGAACAGCUGGAUAGUCUGAAUUUGACAUCUACUUCACUACAGCAAGAAAACAUUUAUUUGAAAAAAGAGGUCAACAUUUUAAACUCCUCUUUCAUGGAAUUAAAACAAAAUAUCUCUACUACAGAGGAUGCAAGAAGAUUGGAGAAUAUACAGUUGGACAUUCUGAACUCUUCAUCCAUUUUUCUUCUACAACAAAACAUCAAUUUACAGAAACAGGUAAACAUUUUAAACACUUCUCUUACACUAAUGCAACAAAAUAUGACUACUUCUGAGGACAUGAGAAGAUUGGAAAACAUCUUAAAAUUUGAAGUAAAGCAGACAGUCAGUGACAGAGAACAGGAGAUGAUGAAGAAUAUAUCCGCCAUGGUUACAGACCUGGAACUCCGAGACCGAUAUUUAUCACUUUCUCUGUUGGAUGUACACAGCAACAUGACCAUGUUUAACCACACACUUUCUAAGCUCAAGCAGCAACAGAAGACAGACAAAGAGCAACAGAAUAUGACAAUAGAGCAGUUAACACACUCGCUUCAGAACAACACUGUCAAACUGAGCAACAUUCUUUCCAGUCUUCAAACAAGAGUUGCUUUCACUGCUGGAGUACAUUAUGAUGAUAAACAUAACUUUGCACCUUCAGAGACAAUUAUAUUCCCACGAGUCAUGUAUGAGGUGGGAGGGGGAUAUAACCCCAGGACAGGGGUAUUUACGGCCCCCAAGGCUGGACUCUACCUCAUAUUCAGUACAGUUGUGGGAAAGGACCAUGAAAUAAUUAGAACACAAAUCAGGAUCAAUGGUUCACUGAAGGCUUCAAUCAUGGCUUAUGUUACUUCAUCUACUGCGCCUGUCUACCAAUCAGCCUCUAACCUUGUGGUUCAACAGUUACAAGUGGGAGAUAGAGUUUGGAUACGAGUCUAUCAGGGAACUAAUUUUUACUCUGAUUAUGAAGAGACAACCUUUUCUGUAGCCAUGAUUAAUGAAUCACUAAUCUGAAUGUACAAUAUGACUUAAAUUGCUCGGAAAUGAUUGCUAACUCAAAAAAAAAAAAUUUACAAAUGUACAAAAAACGUUUUUAUUGA